GGAGACGCCUUUCGAAACGCGUUCCUGAACGCGGUGACCCGUGCUCCCCCCGCUUCGGUAACGAUGGCGUCAAGACUCGAUCGGAUCCUGAUCACUUUUUUUUUGCUUCUUACAUCUCCUCCUCCUCUUCCUCAUUACAAACACCAUGGCCACCUCCUCAACCUCCUUAGACUCUCAGCCCUGCCACAAGCAAGCCUGUGCGAUCCAAUCCUGUCUGACAAAGAACAACUACCAAGAAAGUCGGUGCAAGGACGUUAUCGAGAAGCUGGAGCAGUGCUGUCAAGCCCUCAUAGAUGCCGGCGGAUCCUCGCCCAGCUGCCCCACCAAGAAGUACAAGAAAAAGACGCCCUCCUUAGAGCCACCGUCAUCAUCAUCAUCGACCUAAGGGCCUUCAGAGUAGCAUUGAAGCCAACAUGCAAUAAACAAAGACACGCUUCCCAAAGCAUUCCUCCUCUUCAGUUGUUUCGCAUGCUGUCAAGAGAGUGUACGAAGUGACAUAGACAUAGACAACACCAUGGAGACCAUAUUGUGUUUGUUAUUACUAUCGUAAACAAAAAAAAAC